AGAAAGCAAAUGUUUUCACACGCAGAAAACUAAACCAUCAAAGGGACGGAGAAUCGAGUGAAUCUAGAGAGAGAAAAUCUAGAGCAAGAGAAGGGAGAGAGAGAUUAGGAAAAAAAUCGAAGUCAAGACUGCAUUUUUUUCACUCACUCUAACCCUUCAUCUCUUCCAAAUUAAAUUCAAGAUUCAUCAGAAAGACCCAUAAAACGAUAAUCAUGUCUUCAUCUACUCCAUCACCUUCCCAUAACAGUACUAGCACUGAACAAAACGAGACACCAAAACCCACAAAAGAGAUCAAGAAACCAACUUUCAUAGCACAACAUAUGCAAAAGCCCAUAUGGGUCCUUCCAUACAGGACACAAACACUACAAAGUCUAUACACUAUAGGCAAGAAGCUAGGCCAAGGCCAGUUUGGAACGACCUUUCUGUGCAGUGAAAAAUCAAGCAACACCCUUUAUGCCUGCAAAUCCAUACCCAAGAAGAAGCUGAUUUGUAAAGAGGACUAUGAGGAUGUAUGGAGGGAGAUUCAGAUAAUGCACCACUUGUCGGAGCACCCAAACGUCGUGAGAAUAAAGGGGACAUAUGAGGAUAUCCUAUUUGUGCACAUAGUAAUGGAACUUUGUGCAGGCGGGGAGCUCUUUGAUAGGAUUGUGCAGAAAGGGCAUUAUAGUGAAAAAGAGGCUGCCAAAUUGAUCAAAACAAUCGUUGGGGUGGUCGAGGCAUGUCAUUCUUUAGGGGUUAUGCAUCGGGACCUUAAGCCCGAGAAUUUCUUGUUUACUAGUGCUGAUGAGGAUGCUGCUCUCAAGGCUACUGAUUUUGGCCUCUCUGUUUUCUACAAGCCAGAUGAAACUUUCAGCGAUGUAGUGGGAAGCCCUUAUUAUGUAGCACCUGAGGUUUUGUGUAAACAUUAUGGACAUGAAGCGGAUGUAUGGAGUGCGGGAGUUAUUUUAUACAUUUUACUCAGUGGUGUUCCACCUUUCUGGGCAGAGACAGAGAAGGGGAUUUUUCGUGAGAUAUUGCAAGGAAAAUUGGAUUUUGAAUCUGAACCAUGGCCUGGCAUUUCAGAUAGUGCUAAGGAUUUGAUACAGAAGAUGCUGGAUAGGGAUCCGAAGACAAGGAUAGCAGCACAUGAAGUUCUGUGCCAUCCAUGGAUUGUUGACGACAAAAUGGCUCCUGAUAAGCCGCUUGAUUCUGCAGUUCUUUCACGCCUCAAACAGUUCUCAGCAAUGAACAAACUCAAGAAGAUGGCUUUACGUGUCAUUGCAGAGAGAUUAUCUGAGGAAGAAAUUGGUGGUCUGAAGGAGUUGUUCAAAAUGAUAGAUACAGACGAUAGUGGAACUAUAACUUUCGAUGAACUUAAAGAGGGUUUAAGCCGUGUAGGCUCUGAGCUGAUGGAGUCUGAGAUUAAAGAUCUCAUGGAUGCUGCAGACAUCGACAACAGUGGAACAAUAGAUUAUGGGGAGUUUCUAGCGGCUACAGUGCACUUGAACAAGUUAGAGAGAGAGGAGAAUCUAGUUUCAGCCUUCUCCUUCUUCGACAAAGAUGGUAGUGGUUACAUAACUAUCGAUGAGCUUCAACAAGCCUGCAAAGAAUUUGGUCUGAGUGAGCUUAACCUUGACGAGAUGAUAAGAGAGAUUGAUCAAGAUAAUGAUGGACAAAUAGAUUAUGGUGAAUUUGCGGCAAUGAUGAGAAAAGGCAAUGGAGGCAUUGGGAGGAGAACCAUGAGAAACACAGUAAACCUGGGAGAUGCCCUUGGACUAUGACUUGUAGAAAGUAAAGAACGUGGCUGAGAACACCGAUAUCAAAUUCGACUCUAAUUUUCCCUUUUCAUCUUUUAUUUUGUUUGCUAUGUGAAGACAUGAUCAAUAUUUUAAUCCAGAAGACUUUGGUUACCCAAAUGGAAAGCUGCUUUCGCUUUAAACAGGUCGCCAUUUUGAGUGAGGCAAAAUCUAAUUCCAGCAGCAACUCAUAUUUACUAAUCCUCCUGUGUCUGUUACAUUCGUGGUUGUGAAUGUGUUACUUUCUAAAUUUGUCAAUAUAUGUUUUGGUUAUCCUGGAA